AUGACCCUGGAGGUUUCAAUAGGCCCACCCCCUUCGCUGCCUCGUGGCUGGUCUCCCCCAGAACUGCACACCAUGCUGGAGACGUCUUUGGAGAAGGCCCUGACCACUGUGGUCACCACUUUCCAUAAAUAUUCAGGGAGAGAGGGCAGCAAACUGAUUCUGAGUAGGAAGGAGCUGAAGGAACUGAUCGAGAAAGACCUGUGUCUUGGUGAGAAGAUGAAGGAGAGCAGCAUCGAUGACCUGAUGAAGAGCUUGGACAAGAACAGCAACCAGGAGAUCGACUUCAAGGAGUACUCGGGGACUUCCCUGGUGGCGCAGUGGUUAAGAAUCCACCUGCCAAUGCAGGGGACACGGGUUUGAACCAUGGUCCUGGAAGAUCCCACAUGCCGCAGAGCAACUAAGCCUGGGCGCCACAACUACUGAGCCUGCACUCUAGAGUCCACGAGCCACAACUACUGAGCCGUGUGCCACAACUACUGAAGCCUGCGUGCCCAGAGCCUGUGCUCUGCAACAAGAGAAGCCACCACAAUGAGAAGCCCGUGCACCGCAAUGAAGAGUAGCCCCCACUCGCCACAACUAGAGAAAGCCUGUGCGCAGCAAUGAAGACCCAUCACAGCCAAAAAUAAAUAAAUGAAUAAACAAAUUUAUUAAAAAAACCAACAAAAAAGCAAACAAAAAAAGGAGUAUUCGGUGUUCCCGACCACGCUGUGCGUGGCCUACAACGACUUCUUCCUGGCGGACAACCAAUGACUGGGCCCUGGCCCCUGACCCCUGCAGCUCCUCUCAUAGACCCUCCGUGGCCCCUUGCCUUCCUCUCCCUCCCAG